GCCAAUCCUGGCACUGCUGCUCGACGGCGUGCGCCACUGGCAUGUGCCCUCGAGGCUGACUGCCUCCCAGGCACUGUCCUUGCUACGCACGCUGAGAGCAGAACAUGGCUCUCUCGAACGUCGACGACUUCCUGCCAAAGAAUGUGUGCCUGAACCAACCGACGGUUCUGUUUGGGAAGGUUUGCCGUCCGACUUCAUCACAAGAUGGGGCCAUCUUCGCACACCACCGGAGCCAUGGACGAGAACCACCCUUCAGAGGGUGUGUCAAUAUGCGCUUCUGGCGCAGUGUGUGCGUUUCGUGCGACGUGUUGCUUCAUUCUUACAGAGUGGACUGCGUCGGAAAUGUAUUCAAUGCUUUGCUUCUACGUUUCGCUCCGCCAAAGCCGCCAUCUCGGCCCAUGGAAAUGCAGAACAGGCCUGAGACCAACCACCUCAGAUUCUCGAUCGGCAGUUGGGCGUUGGGAGAACGCGUAGAUCGGCAUGUUCUCUCAGUUAAAGAUCUCGCCGCUCAGUUGGAGUAUGCUGAACGGGUUCCAAACCUCGAGGGCGGUAGUGCACACGGAAAGCCCUGGCAGCUGUCGCAUACCAGUGGAUACACACCUUUUCAAGAGAUUUGACUUGCCCGCCAUGCAUCUCUUGGUCUAUUGACACUCAUGCUUUCUGAGCGCUUGCUCUCUCGUGCUAGCCAUACGUGCGACUUCAAUGGGGAUCGGACCGGGCCACUCAGAAGCGCCAUUGUUCAGUCCAGCCUCCGCAGCACUGAUGAGAAUCCUGAGUCAUAUGCCCAAUUAAGAAGCUGGGGGAAUGCCGGACGAGACCCGCGGGGCCAAACGAGUCAGACCACAGAAUCUCCACAGGCCGCCACGGUCCCACCAAUCGCGAGCCUCCGAUAAAUAUCUGGUUCGUGGGGCUUCGAUCAGCGCCGAAUCCAUCACCAAGCCGUGUGCGCUGUCCCUUGCGAUUGUCCAGGAUUGGAAGAAUCAGCCACCGCCGGUGGG